CGCGCCGGGCCCAGCGGCGGGGCCGGAGCCGGGGGCGGGGCCGGGCGGGAUCGCGCCGAGGGCGGCGGGCGGCCGCGCCGGGGCGGCGCGCGCACGGUUAAAGAAGGUAACAUAGUAAUUGAAGGAAACAAAGGAGAAAGUUCAAAAGGAAGAAAAAGAAAACUGAUUGAUCAACGUAACCAGCCUGUUUGCUGAAAAAGAAGAAUAAGCUACAGGAAGCAAUUUAAAAUUCACUGCAGGUGUGUGAACAACAUUGCUUCUGCAACAAAAGCCUAGACUCACCACAUCCUAGGAAGAGAAUGGCCACUUCCUGGGGGGCAGUCUUUUGCAUGCUGGUGGCAUCCUGUGUUUGCACAACUGUCUUCCACAGAGACCAGCAGACUUGGUUUGAGGGUGUCUUCUUGUCUUCCAUGUGCCCCAUCAAUGUCAGUGAUAGCACCUUAUAUGGAAUUAUGUUUGAUGCAGGCAGCACUGGCACUCGAAUUCAUGUUUACACCUUUGAGCAGAGAAUACCAGGACAGCUUCCAGUUCUGGAAGGAGAAAUUUUUGAUGCUGUGAAGCCAGGACUUUCUGCUUUUGUAGAGCAGCCCAAGCGGGGUGCUGAGACCGUUCAAGGACUCUUGGAGUUGGCCAAAGACUCGAUUCCCCGAAGUCACUGGAAGAGGACCCCAGUGGUCCUAAAGGCAACAGCAGGACUUCGCUUACUACCAGAACAGAAAGCUCAGGCCCUUCUUGAUGAGGUAGAAGAAAUCUUCAAGAAGUCACCUUUCUUGGUACCAGAUGACAGUGUUAGCAUUAUGGAUGGAUCCAAUGAAGGCAUCUUAGCUUGGAUUACUGUGAAUUUUCUUACAGGUCAGCUGCAUGGUCAUGGCCAGGAGACGGUGGGCACCCUCGACCUGGGAGGGGCCUCCACCCAAAUCACCUUCCUGCCCCAGUUAGAGAAAACCCUGGAAAAAACCCCAAGGGACUACCUCACUUCCUUCGAGAUGUUUAACAGCACUUAUAAACUCUAUACACAUAGUUACUUGGGAUUUGGAUUGAAAGCUGCGAGACUAGCAACCCUGGGAGCCCUGGAAACAGAAGGGAUUGAGGGGCACACCUUCCGAAGUGCAUGUUUGCCAAGAUGGUUGGAAGCGGAGUGGAUCUUUGGGGGUGUGAAAUACCAGUAUGGUGGCAACCAAGAAGGGGAAAUGGGCUUUGAGCCCUGCUAUGCCGAAGUGCUGAGGGUGGUCCAAGGCAAACUUCAUCAGCCAGACGAGAUCCGGAGAAGCUCCUUCUAUGCUUUUUCUUACUACUAUGAUCGAGCUGCUGAAACCGACCUGAUUGAUUAUGAGAAGGGUGGUGUUUUAAAAGUUGAAGAUUUUGCAAGAAAAGCAAGGGAAGUAUGUGAUAACCUGGAGAACUUCAGCUCGGGCAGUCCCUUCUUGUGCAUGGAUCUCAGUUACAUCACAGCCUUGCUGAAGGAUGGCUUUGGCUUUGCAGAGAGCACUGUCUUACAGCUCACAAAGAAAGUGAACAAUAUAGAAACGGGCUGGGCCUUGGGGGCCACUUUUCACCUGCUACAGUCUCUGGGCAUGUCCCACUGAGGCCACACCCUUCCUCAGAGGCCACAUCUGCUGCUGCCUUUGUCAGGGGAGGAGUGAAGACCCCAUCUCGUUCUAGCCAGCCUUGGGGAGCUGCCUUGACUGGAACUUCAUCAGCUUUGUCUAUGGGUCUUGCCCUUGAAUCAAGAGAUUUGGGUUUUAUUAAUUUUAAACAUCAAAUGUGAACUUUUACAUCAUUA